AUGAUUAAAGAUUUAAAUUGGAUGAAUAUUAGUCUUAAAUGUGCUAAUGCAAACAAAUUUAAUAAAUUUGCUGCAAAAAAUACAACAAUUUAUAACGAGACAAAUGAAGCAUUUAAACUUUCAACAGUUAUCAAUAAUAAUGACAUUUUUGGUUGUGGAUUAGUUUAUCCUCCAACUAAUAAAAUGAAUGAAUUUCCUUAUGUUUUCUUUACUCAAAAUGGAAAACAAAUUGGGAAAGGUGUAUUAUUGAAUGACAAUGAUGACUCAUAUAAACCGUGUGUUUGGGUUCAAUGUUGUUCGAUUGAAACAAACUUUGGAAAUGAUUUGGAAUCAAAACCGUUCAAAUAUGACGUUUCAAAACAUUUCAUUAUUAAAGAAUUCUAUUGA